AUGAAUUCAUCAUCUCCCAUAUCGAUUAAUGAUGAUCUCAUCUUGGACAUCAUAUCGAGAUUGCCUUCAGAGUCUAUCGCAAGGUUUCGUUGCCUGUCUAAGCAAUGGGCAUCAAUGCUUAAUACUAGUCCAUAUUUCAAGGAGUUGUUCCAGACCAGAUCCUCGGCUAAGCCCCACCUCAUUUUUGCCAUAGUAGAAAAAGGUGUGUGGAGCUUCUUCUCGUUACCUCAGCUUGAGAAUCCAUAUGAGCAAUCGAAUCUUGUAGCAGCUGCCGAUUUUCAUGUGAAGUUCUCUCAUGACGAUCUACAGACCAAUCAUAGUGAUGACAUAAGAAAUUUUUCAUAUAGCUACGCUUCUGGCUUGUUCUUUUUGCAUGGUUGUGGAGGCCAGGAUAGAGCUCUGACUAGUAACCCCAUCACAGGACGGUAUGCGAUCUUACCUUAUACUUACAAAAAUCUGCUUUGCUGUUACGGGUUUGACCCGAUUGACAAGCAAUACAAGGCAUUGCGGAUGGCUUCUCCAUUUGAUCAUGAAACUCUUACAAUUGGAGAUGGAGAUAUGAAGUGGAGAAAGGUAAAAUGUUCCUUGCCACAUGCGAUUAUGAGUGAAGGGAUAUGCAUCAAUGGGGUUUUGUAUUACAUCGGUUACACGGCGUCUACAUGGAUAAUAGUUUGCUUUGAUCUUAGAUCUGAGAAAUUCACCUUUAUUGGCGUAGAAUCGUUGGGUAAAUUGAUAAACUACAAGGGAAAAUUAGCUCUGAUUCAUAUGGGGAAUGAAUAUGCUGCCACUAAGGAGUUGCAUAUGUGGGUUCUAGAUGAUAUUGAGAAAAACGAAUGGAGAAUGUGA